AUGCUAUCUCCAAUUGUCAAAAAUUCAGAUGUUGACUCAUACGAAAUAAUCAGCAAGCAGGAAACCACGUCUAUUCCAUCUAAAGUUAAGCUAACCAUUGUCAAUGUUCAAAACCACAUCAACAUUACCCACGGCACCGUUCCAAACAGAACCCAGCCCUGCCCCAAUGGCGCCCCAGUUCCAGCGUCCAACAAGACGCAAGAACCAAUACACAAAGAAAAACGAACCCCACUUGAUAGAGAAGAGGAGGAAUACAUAAGUCAAGUAGUCAACUAUAUCUGCAUGGUCCUCAUAAUGCUUACUGCUGCGUAUUGGAUCGACUUUAACUUCGUCAUCUCCAUGGCGCUUGAUGGCGAUUUUUUUGGCGAUGAUCUGAUUUUUGAUUGA